AUGGACCAUCUCGCAGGCGUCGACUGCGCUGAAUGGGUCGGGCGGGACCAGAUCACGGCGUGCUAUACUGGAGGCUCGGACGACACGUGCUACACGCGCUCGACAACUUGCCGCGACAACGACAUUCUUUCGUCGCUCUCGGGCGAUUACGACGUAAACCAGACGCGUACCAGCCCGACCCGACGGACUUCCUCACCAACGCCACGCCACGCUCAUGGCGCGGAAUCGACGUGGCAGGAGACAAACGACAACGUGUACUCGAACCUUGCGGACACCAGCGACUGGAUGCGCAACUCCCGGCUUGAUCUGGAGUACCUCAUCGACUCUGGCGUGUGGACCAUCGUCUUUGAUGGCGACGCGGACUACAUCCUGAACUUCGAGGGCGUCGAGACAAUGGUUGCCACGCCGCCGACCACCUUCAGCUCCGAGUUCAACUCAACAACCUGGAAUUUUAACGGCUCUGGUAUGACUCGGACACGCCCGAGCGCAACGAGCCAAAAGGACGAGGGGUGGGAGUGGUGA